CAUCUUAUAUUUAAAUAUACCUUUAUUCCCGAUUACUAAAAUUAUUUACAAAAUUAGCUAUCAUUUAUUGCUAAAUUUUCGGUUAUAUAUUUUACAUUUUUCACGGAGGCAAUGCUGUAUUAAUUCCGGUUCUAAAGUCCUUAUAAACGUUUUUAAUUGGAGUCAAAUGUUUAGAGUUCAGAAUAAGUUCGGGGUUGUGUCCAUGAGCACAGAUAUUAAGUGUUUCUAGUCAUGUAUAUUGCAUAAUGUAUAUUUACUCUUUCUAUGGGAGCAAAGUUCAUAAAUAAUCCGGUCAAAGGAAAAUGCAUUCAGAUUGGCAACACUGCCUUCCUCUGCAAUUGCAUCUCCUCCUUUCCUGCUGUAUCACAAAAUUUUCUCUUCGAAAAUCGAUAAGGACGUGCGCAAAUGAUCGCCUGGCUAACAGUCCUGCGCCACACGGCAUAAAUAUCUAUUUCCACCAAUAGUUCAUCUGACCUGCUGUUACAUAAUGAUUUGGCUCUAGGUGACUAUUAGACAAAGGAAAAACAAAAGAAUAAUAGAGGCGUGAGAACUAAAUUUUGUCUACGUCGUCAGGAAAAUGUCACUUUGACCUUUAAAAUUUUCAUGGACCUUAAAUUGUAAAUAUACCCACUAGUAGUACAACCGUAACCGGUGGUGAAAAUGUCACCCUAUAAAGAACUGAAGACCAAUGACUCAAAAUGUUUCAGCAGGCUGCAAUGCAUCUUCAAAAAUUCAGCAAAAGUGUCAUGUGAUUCUGUGUCGCGCAUGGUUGUGAAAACGGAGUGUGUAUUAGUUUAAUUUAUUAUUAAAUAGAAUCUAAUGUUUUCAACCCACAGAUCGGAGGAUAGUAUAAGAGGAGUUACAGUGCCAGCUAGAGUGGACCACGGUCUGCCGAAGUGUUCGUUCAAGCUUCCGGCCUGGGACAACAUAACGGGAGCUCUGCCCCGGCUGCAUAUCCCAGCCAUGCCGGCCGUGCGUUCCAAGCGCGGCUGGUGCGGCUGCCUUCAGGAUGACGAACCACCGGAAAUAACUUACUGUGUGGCUGAAAAUACGGGAACAUUAACGUUGCAGGCUAUAACCCCCACUCAACCAAUGCCCUCGCAGGAAGAAUUAGAUGCCAAAUUUGCUGAGUUGGUGGAAGAACUCGACCUGACUGCUCCCAAUAAGGCUGCCAUGUUGAGUCUGCCGCCUCAGAAGAAAUGGCAGAUUUAUUGCUCAAGGAAGGGUGGGGAGGAAAUUAUGGACCAGGCAGAUCAUGCUCCUGAACAUUACAUCGAAAGACUGAAGACUUUAGCAGAAUUACAGUACCCUGAAACUAAUACCGAAGAAGAAGUUAGAUCUAGGACGACCCAAAUAGAUGCUUUGAAAACCGCCCUUCGUACAUCGACUCACAGUUUCGUCAUUAAAUUUAUAGAAUUAGAAGGCCUACAAGUACUUUUAGAUUUCUUAGAAAGAAUGGACUAUUUUACCGCUCAAAGUUCAAUACAUACUAGUAUUAUUGGCUGUGUUAAAGCUCUUAUGAAUAACUCGACCGGUAGAGCACAUGUUCUAGCUCAUCCCACGAGUAUUAACACCAUAGCCCAGUCUCUAAGCACGGAAAACAUCAAAACCAAAAUUGCCGUUUUGGAGAUAUUGGGGGCUGUAUGUUUGGUGGCAGGUGGUCACAAAAAAGUUCUGGAUGCAAUGCAUCAUUACCAAAAAUAUGCUUUCGAAAGGACGCGAUUUCAGGGUAUUAUUAACGAUUUGGACCGAUCCACUGGAAUCUACCGCGAUGAGGUUAACCUUAAGACGGCCAUCAUGUCGUUUGUCAAUGCUGUUUUAAAUUAUGGUCUAGGACAAGAAAACUUGGAAUUUAGAUUACAUUUGAGAUACGAAUUUCUACUUCUCGGCAUACAACCGAUCAUCGACAAACUCCGUGGCCACGAAAAUGAAACUUUAGAUCGUCAUCUGGAUUUCUUCGAACUGGUUCGAAACGAAGACGAGAAGGAACUCUCCAGAAAGUUUGGACAAGACCACGUAGAUACAAAAAGCGCGACGGCCAUGUUUGAACUAAUUAGGAAGAAAUUGAGCCAUACCGCCGCGUAUCCACACCUUUUAUCCAUGUUAGAGCAUUGCUUGAUGCUGCCUUUAGAUUACGGAUCGCAUCCACAGCAUUGGCUUUUGUUUGACAGAGUAGUUCAACAGAUAGUGUUACAACAGCACGACGACUCUGGAAAAAAAGAUCCAGAUGUGGCGCCAAUCAAUAUUAACGUCAAAGAGGUAGUGCGUUUGUUGGCGAAAGAGGAGGAGCUGGUGGCUGCCCGUAAAAAAGCCGCAGAACUAGAAAAAGAAAAUGUAGAUAUGUCGAAUCGUUUAGCUAAAAAGGAACAAGAAUUGGAUCAAAGAAUUCAGGAGAAAGAAGAUAUUGAAACCAGUUUGCUCAGGAUAAAAGAACGUCUAGAAAAAGAAACCGCAUCGCAUAUAGAAACAAAACAAAAAAUAAAUGAAAUCGAAUACAGAGCCGCCGAUUUAGAGAGACAAGUUAAUACGGAAAGAGCGGAAAGGUUUAGAUUGGAGCGGCUUGUGAACUCUGGAAGCAUACCGGACGACGCCAAAGCUAUAAGUCUUAAUAAGACUAUCGUGAACAUCAAUAUGUCACCAAAUGCUGCUAAGAAAGAAUUUCACUCAUCAGUGCCACCACCUCCACCUCCGCUAGCACCUCCGCCACCGCCUCAAGCGCCGUCUGGUCCACCUCCGCCACCUUGUGCUCCUCUGGCGCCUCCAGUUGAGCCCAUAAAGGUCGAGAUAGUAAAAAAGAACAUUCCUCAACCUUCCAAUCCCCUGAAGUCAUUCAACUGGUCAAAAAUUCCCGAGACAAAACUAUCAGGUACUAUCUGGAGUGAAAUCGACGAUACCAAGUUGUAUACUACUAUGGAGCUGGAUUGCAUCGACAAACUUUUCUGUGCCUAUCAAAAGAAUGGAGUUGUGAAUGAAGGUUCCGUAGAAGACUUGAGCAAACUUGGCAAGAAUCGCACCAAAGUUCUAUCAGUGAUUGACAGCAGGAGAGCACAAAACUGCACAAUUUUAUUAUCCAAGCUGAAAAUGUCUGAUGAAGAUAUCACCAAGGCAAUUCUCAGUAUGGAUAGUAAAGAAAAUUUGCCAAUCGACAUGAUAGAACAACUACUGAAGUUCACGCCUAGUCCGGAGGAGUCAGCGUUACUGGAAGAGCACAGCGAUGAAAUCGAUUCCUUAGCCAGAGCUGAUCGAUUUCUCUAUGAAAUUUCCAAAGUUCCUCGUUAUGAACAGCGACUCCGGAGCUUACAUUACAAGAAACGCUUUCAGCUGACACUCAAUGAAAUCAUUCCCAGGAUCAGUAGCAUCAUGGAAGCGUCCAGAGAGGUGUCCAGAUCGAGGCGUCUUAGAAAACUACUAGAAAUUAUACUCGCUCUUGGGAACUACAUGAACAGGGGAGCUAGAGGCAAUGCCUCUGGAUUUAGGUUGACGUCUUUAAAUAGAUUGGCCGAUACCAAGUCAAGUUCUUGCAAGGGAACGACCCUGCUACAUUACCUAGUUCAGAUAUUAGAGAAAAAGUUCAAGGACAUCUUACGGCUAGACGAAGACUUACCUCAUAUAAGGGAAGCCGCAAAAGUGUCUUUAGGAGAGUUGGGCAAAGACAUGGCGCAGCUCAGGGCAGGUCUUAAAGAUGUGGCGAAGGAAAUUGAAUAUCACACAACUCAAAGUCCAUUGGCGAACGACAUGUUCAUGCCAGUAAUGAGAGAAUUCCAGGCGACAGCCACUUGCAGAUUAGCGGAGGUGGAAGAUCAAUUCCAAGAUAUGAAGACUCGUUUCGAAAGGGCCGUUCGGCUAUUCGGCGAAGAUCCUAUCAACGCGCAACCCGAUGAAUUCUUUGGGAUAUUUGACACAUUUUUGACUGCAUUUAGCGAAGCAAGGCACGACAACGAGAACAUGAGAAGAAAACUCGAGGAGGAGGAGAAACGCGCCAGACAGGAAGCUGACCUAAAAAAGCUAACUUUGGAAAGAAAACAUACUAGAGAAGGAAUUCUGCCCGCCCUUAACAAAAGUUUGCAACUUAAAAACGGCGAAAGUCCAAAAGCAGGGGAGUUCGACGAUCUGAUUUCGGCCUUAAGAACCGGUGAUGUUUUCGGCGAGGACGUUGCGAAAUUUAAAAGGAGCAGGAAAAACAGAGUAAACACUGGCACAUCCCCACCGAGGAGAAAUUCCGUAAAUCGAGAAGACAGCAGGGAAAGGGUUGUCAUUAAUGUGACCACCGGUAAAAUUCAGUGAAGAUUCGACACGUAGAUUUUCGAAAAUUUACUUCGUUUUAUAUUCAAUAACCGCUAUAUUGGAGAUGAUAAAUGUGUGAUACAGCAAAUGUAGUAAACGCGUAGUAAGUGUCAAACAUACCUCUAAGCAUAUUUUCAAAACUGUUUAAAGAGUUGACCGUCGUUUUUUAAUUCUGUACCGGUUACUUAAAUAAAUUAAGCAAGAGCUUACCUCAUUUGUAAAGCAACUCAAAUCCUCAGUUUUCAUUUUAAGGCUGAUGCGACGGAAAGACUUGUUUGGAACGAACAUCGUUCGAUAAUAAGAUAAAAAGAAUAUAUAGUGUAGUUUGGGACCAGGGCGAUAGAAAAUUCUCUCAAAGUGUCUAUGAGAAGUGCAUUUAGGAGAUGCCGCAAAUAGAAGGGAAAUUAGUCUCUCACGUAAUUUAUAAAUUAUCAGCCGAUUUUAGAAUAAUAUAUUUGUAUAUGUUUUAGAUGUAUUAUUUAUGAAAUGUAAAAUAUUCUCAUUCCUUUUAAAAUAUUUCUUAAAGAUUUAAUAUAUUUGAGUAUUUUUGUGAUUUUAUUUUAUUGCGCAAUCUACCGAUUUUAUGGAUGUAUUAUUGUAACAGUGUACUAAUAUUAUAACCACUCCGGAAAGCCUACAAAUACCUAUCGCGUAUUAAUGAUUUGACUCAUUACUAAUAAUUAGAGAUACCUUACGGUUUUAGCCUCAGUGGCAAAAUGUAUUAUACUAUUAAUGCAAAAAGCGACAUUGUAAUUAUAAUACUUAGUCAUAGAUUUUUAUGUUUAUACUUUUUAAAACAACCAGCGUUUUUUAUUGACAUUUAUUGUACGAGAUAAAAUAAAAAUUUUAAUUUGAAUAGUUA